GAAUUCAAAAGCGCAAAAUCAAAAAACCAAACCAAAACGACAAUCAGAGAGAUCUAUCCUUUUGCUCAGAGAGAAAGGAGAAAACAAGAGAUGGCAAAAAUGGAGGCCAAAGAGAGCGAAGAAGAUAACAGCAAGCAAGAACAGUUAACGCUAAAAAUUGCUAAAAUCCUCGACGAAAUCAAGACCACAAAUGCAACACACAUUCGAAAACUCAAAGAACUCUCAACCGUCCGAUCAAAAUCACACUCAUCCUUCUCAGCUUCCUUCUUCAAAACCCUAACUCCUCUUUUCCACAUCCAGCGCCGUAUUCCCUCCGUUGAGCGCGUAAUCCGCUUUGUUUCACUCUUUGCCGCCGCUCACAAUGAUUUCCUUGAAGAAUUUAUCCAGUUUUUACUCAUUGCUGCUGUUGCCGCUAACAAAAACGCUAGGUCUAGGGCUUGCCAUAUCAUCUCCGAGAUAAUAAUGAGGUUACCGGAUGAUGCGGAAGUCAGUGAUGAUGUAUGGGAUGAAGUGAUAGAAUGUAUGAAGCUAAGAGUUACUGACAAGGUUCCAAUUGUUCGUAUCUUCGCAAUUAGGUCUCUCGCGCGGUUUGCUAAUGAUAGUGAGAAUAGUGACAUUCUUGAUUUGUUGCUUGAUAUGCUUCCUCAAGAACCUAGCGCGGAGGUUCGGAAGACAAUUGUGUUAGCUCUGCCACCUUCUAAUGCAACCUCACUAGCUAUUAUCAAUUCUACUAUGGAUGUGAGUGAGUCUGUUCGCAAAGCUUCUUAUUGUGUUCUAGCUGCUAAGUUUCCUCUUCAAAGUCUCAGCAUAAAGCUAAGGACAGCUAUUCUUCAGAGAGGCCUUGCGGAUCGUUCUGUAGCUGUAUUAAGAGAAUGUUUAAAAUUAAUGAGAGAUGAGUGGCUUUCUAAGUGCUGCAAUGAUGAUCCUGUACAACUUCUGAGGUUCCUUGAUGUAGAAACAUAUGAGUCAGUUGGGGAGUCUGUGAUGGCUGCUCUGUUAAAAGAUGGCUUAGUGAAGUUAUGUGAUGGUCAAAGUAUCCGGCAGUACAUAUCGUUGAGCAAUGGUGAUAUGGAAGGAGAGUCAGCAAACUCCAAUGCAAGCAUCCGUUUAAUGGAGCCAGAGUUUGCACUUUACUGGAAGACAGUUUGCAAACACCUGCAGACAGAAGCACAAGAAAGAGGCUCUGACGCUGCCACAACAAUGGGCACUGAAGCUGCAGUAUAUGCAGCUGAAGCAUCAGAUAGCAAUGACCUUCUGGAAAAGAUACUCCCUGCAACAGUUUCUGAUUAUGUAGUUCUAGUCAAAGCUCAUAUAGAUGCUGGACCAAAUUAUCGCUUUGCAUCUCGGCAGCUACUAUUGCUUGGUGCAAUGCUUGAUUUUUCUGAUUCUACUAGCAGAAAAGUUGCAAGUCUGUUUGUGCAGGAACUAUUGCACAAGCCACUUGAUCAUGAAGUGGAUGAUGAAGGAAAUCAAGUUGUGAUAGGAGAUGGAAUAAACGUCGGUGGUGACAAAGAAUGGGCUGAUGCAGUGUCCAGUUUAGCUAGGAAAGUCCAUGCUGCUACUGGUGAGCUUGAGGAGAUUGUUCUUGGGGUCAUAGAAGAGCUUGCUCGACCUUGUAGGGAAAGAACGGCAGACUAUAUGCAGUGGAUGCAUUGCCUCGCAGUUACUGGUGUUCUCUUGGAAAAUGCGAAAGCUUUACACUGGCUUCAAGGCAAAGCGAUUGAACCUGCUGAGCUGCUUCAAUCUUUACUGCUUCCUGGGGCAAAACAUAUUCAUCUGGAUGUCCAGAGAGUUGCCAUCAGGUGUCUUGGUCUUUUUGGCUUGUUAGAGAAGAAACCAAGUGAAGACCUAGUAAAGCAGCUGAGGCUUUCUUAUGUUAAGGGUCCUUCUUCAAUUAGCAUAGUAGCGUGUAAGACACUAAUUGAUCUUGGCAUGUGGCACGGUACCCGGGAAGUUGACAAGGCUCUUGGGUUUGAUCAUGCUUCUCAAUCUCAGGAAUCCAAGAUUGUAUUUAACCCCGUUAACUUUUCUGAUCCUGAUGACUGCUUAGAUGUUCAGCUACUAGAUCUUUUAUAUGCUGGUCUUGACAGAAACGAUUGGACAAAAUCUGUAGUAGGGGAUGAAAAUGAGACGGUGCAAGGUGUUCUCGGUGAGGGUUUUGCUAAAAUUCUUCUCCUCAGUGAGAAUUAUCCAAGCAUACCAACUUCUUUACUGCCUCUGCUCUUAGCCAAGCUUAUUAUUCUUUUUUUCAGUAACGAAACAAAAGACUUACAGAGGUUGAAACAGUGUUUAUCUGUCUUCUUCCAGCAUUAUCCCUCCCUCUCAGCUAAUCAUAAGAAAUGUUUAUCCAAGGCCUUUGUUCCAGUCAUACGUUCCAUGUGGCCUGGCAUCUAUGGCAAUGCUGGAGGUGCUGCCAUUUUGGUAUCUAAUAUGCGUAAGAGGGCAGUCAACGCUUCACGGUUUAUGCUACAAAUGAUUCAGGCUCCUUUGUUUUCCAAAAAGACUGAAAUUAACGAUGAAAAUGGAAGUACAGAGCUACCAGAAACCACAGAUAGUUCUCAGCAAUCUUCAUUUGAAUGCGGAGAGGAGGGACUUGCAAUACGUAUAGCUGCUGAGGUGCUAAGUUUUUCAGUUAAGAAGACAGCUGCUGAGAAGGCAUACACCUUGGCAUUAAGCAGGAUACUUGUAUUGCUUCAUUUUCGAAUGUCAGAACAAGGAGCAGUAAAAUUAAUGAGGCGGCUUUUGAAUCACGUAGCUGAAUCUGGAUCCGCAGAUAAAGAUCUUAUAAAGGAGUUGAAGCGAAUGGCUGAGCAUCUCAAGUCAUUAGAUAGCCAGCCAGAGGAGGAACUUGAGGAUGAUCAAAUCAAACUUAUAUUGGGGAGGUUGGAAUUGGAGUUGAACUUGGAUAUUGAUAGUAGCUCUUCUUCAAUCCUUCAAACACCGGCCCCGAUAAGGCCAUCUAGACCAACUCGUGCAAGAAGACGAGCGAGAUCUGAAGACGAGACAUCCUCUGAUGAAGACACCUCCACCACUUGUGUUGCUCAGGCUACUCAAGCCACUGUUGGUACCAGGUCACAAAGAGCGAGCAAAAGUGCCGCCCUGACCAAAAUAACCGCCAAUAGAGUCGUUAGAAUAGCAGAAUGUGAUGACGAGGAAGAAGAUUCAGAGGUGACAUCAGAAGAUAAUUCUGAUGAAACCGAUCAUGAUAGCGAAUGAGCAUGUAGCAGAUUUAUUUCUGCGGAAUGGAUUAUGAAUUCUCAGCUUUGCUGUUUAGUGUUGUAUGCUUCUCUAGUUAAUUUGUAUAGAUAGCGAAAUGUCUAGGAUUUUGGUUCGCAUUGCUGCCUGUAUGGUUAGCCUUUGUUAGAAUUACAUAUUUUUGUGAAAUAUUACCGAAAUUUGUAUGCCUGCUAAUGAAUUAAUUGUGUUA